CCGAAGGACCCCGGAACACAUUUACCAGAUUAGUUGGAAGCGAUUGGAGCGGGAUGUGUUUUUAUCUCACGUAAAUAUUGUCGGGAUUUCGUUUGAAAAGCAGAGAUCCACAAUCGGAAAAUGAACAGCUUGUCCCCUGAAGUGGCACUGAACCGCAUCUCCCCAGAGCUACGCCCCCUGCUGUCCAGUGUGGUACGCAACGGUCGCGUGGGCCUGGACUCCACCAACUGCCUGCGUAUCACUGACCUCAAGUCAGGAUGCACAUCGCUGACCCCGGGCCCUUGCUGUGACCGAUUCAAGCUGCAUAUCCCCUAUGCCGGAGAGACCCUCAAAUGGGACAUCAUCUUCAACGCCAGAGACCCGGAGCUGCCUCCUGAUUUUAUUUUUGGGGAGGAUGUUGAGUUCCUCCCUGAAGCUUCCGAGCUGCCACACCUGGUGAGCUGGGAUGCCAGAGACCCUGAGUGCCUGCUGCUGCUGGUGAAGGAGCUUGUGCAACAGUACCACCAGUACCAGUGCCAGCGGCUGCGUGAGAGUUCACGACUGCUCUUCGAGUACGACAGCCUGCUGGAGGACCCCAGCUAUGGGCGCGGCAUGGAGAUCUAUGCCGGCCGCAAGAACAGCUGGACUGGUGAAUUCUCUGCUCGCUUCCUGCUCAAACUGCCGGUGGACUUUAGCAACAUCCCAGUCUAUCUGCUGAAGGACACAGCCUUGGACCCAGGAGAAGACGUCGCCCUUCUGUCCGUCAGCUUCGAAGACGCUGAAGCCACCCAGGUGUUCCCCAAGCUCUACCUGUCCCCAAGCAUCGAGCAUGCCCUGGGAGGGUCCUCCGCACUACAUAUCCCAGCAUUCCCCAGCGGCGGCUGCCUCAUCGACUAUGUACCACAAGUGUGCCAGCUGCUCACGAGCAAGGUGCAGUAUGUUAUCCAGGGCUACCACAAGAGGAGGGAAUACAUAGCUGCAUUCCUUAGCCACUUUGGCAUGGGCGUCGUAGAGUAUGAUGCUGAGGGCUUCACCAAACUCACGCUCCUGCUGAUGUGGAAGGAGUUCUGCUUCCUGGUGCACGUGGACUUGCCCCUGUACUUCCCAUGUGACCAGCCCACGCUCACCUUCCAGUCGGUGUACCACUUCACCAGCAGCGGACAGCUCUACUCCCAGGUGCAGAAGUCGUACCCCUACAGCCCUCGCUGGGAUGGCAAUGAGAUGGCCAAGAGAGCCAAAGCCUACUUCAAGAGCUUUAUUCCACAGUUCCAGGAGGGCGCCUUUGCCAAUGGGAAGCUGUAGGAUGCAGCAGUCAGUGUGAGCUAGAAUCUGUUUGAUGAACACCGUCCAGACAGUGCGUUAGGGAGAGGCCCUUUCUGCGUGUGUCUGUGUGCAUGUGCAAGUGUCUGUUUAUCACUGAUGGUUAUUGCGACUGUGUUGAGCUCAAGGGUUAUCUUUUGUUUGUCUUCAGCUUUUUUUGUGUAAAUGGUCUCAAGUCGUCCUGCUCAUCGCUAAAAGGCCUGUAUGGUCACGCCACCAUCUCAACCAAGUGAAUCUGUACAAUCCUUCCCAAUAAAAGAGUCUGAUCCUUUGUACCCCAGAGUAUGUCGUGGGGUGGGGCAGGACGGGGUGGUUCCACAGCGGGCCAUGUUUUCAUUGGCUUCACUGGAGGGUUUCGUUGCAACAUUGUCAAACCGUGGCGUGGGGCCCGAAGCUUCCGGAAAACUCCGGCGCUAUGGAAGAACGUGGGACGUGCGCCAUUGGUGCCCUGAGCUAUCUUCACUCACUCUCCCCCUGGAUGCCUCGGGGUUCCUAUGGCUACGGCGCACUCCCAACCAAUCGGAGGACUUUGAGCGCCCGAUGCCAGUCAUCGCUCGGAGAUGCCGCAGUUAGAUUAGGUGUCAUCGCUGAGUCACUGGUCAACACAGUGAAUCCCUGUUGGGUCCCCGUCACAGAUCCAGACGUCUGCGGUGACUUCAGAGGCUGUCCGCCAGGUCUUGCAGUUUCGGGGCGCCUGCCAAACCGGGAGCUUCCCCGUUCUCCUCGUUCACAGCCAAACUCACGCCGCCGCCCCCCACCCACCCACCCGGCUUGCAAGCAAACGACAUUUCGUCUGAGCAAAACAAAGGAACCACGGCCCUCUGCUUUAAAAGCACCUUCAAGUUCCCACCUGCCCGAUCGCCCGGCCUGAGCCGGGGUGGGGGGGUGGGUUUCUCUGCAGUUACUUCAUAAAAUUCGAAUCGGACCGUGUGAAGCCAUUGGGUGUCAGGCUCACCGUUAGAAAAUGAGCUUGUUUGCUUCCCUCCAGAUGUACUUCAAGGUGAAUUAGGAGCAGAGUGCUGCCGUCAGGACAGAACCGGCCUUGCGGGAAGGGGGGGGGCAGGGUACACCCGGGACCUUAGCUACUCCUCCGCACAGCCGGUCCUGUCACAGCGUGAGGGGAACAGUCAGAGUGUCAGAACGUGCUGUGGCGGCUUUGCUGCCGGGAGGAUUAACGCGUUGCCCUGUGGCUUCAUGUGUAGGGAAGCUAUUGUUGUUUACGUCAGGCCUUGAUGGCGUCGCUCUAUUUAUACAUGUGUGUGUGUUUGUAAAUAUAAAUACAGAUACACACCCACAGGUGUGCUCCGAAUGGAGAUUACAGGCGGAUUGCGUGUUCGUCAGUGACAGCGUGUAUGUAGUGCAGAGCGGGGGAGGGAGGGAGAGAGAGAGAGAGAGAGAGAAAGCGCGAGUGUGUGGGGCAGAGGGGGAAAGGGUGCAUGCAUGUGUGUACGCUUGUUUUCGUUAUUAAACAUAAGGGUCAUUGUCAGGGGUCUGUCACAGCCCAAGGGCCUGUCCUCUGCUAUAUUUAUUGUUUGUAAUGCUGGAGCUGUCAUGUUUAAUUGGGAACUAUAGGGCGAAUGUAUUUAGGCCAUUUAAAAGCAUCAAGUCUUUUAAUAAAAUGAUUAAAAGCACGA